UGGCAAUUGUUCGAGUGCCCAUGGGCCCUUUGAUUUUUGCUAGCAGCGAAUUUUGUUGGCCUUGGUUUGCUUCGACGACGAGGGAAAAAAUCUUCAGAGCCUCUCUUUUCCCUCACACGAACAGCACUGUCCAGCCCAUCAGUUUAAAGUACGAUGUCCACCAAAGAAGUUGCUAAGCCAGACUACUCAAUCAACAACUCUGACGUUGUUGAGAAGUACAGAACCGCCGGUUCGAUUUCCAACAAGGCUCUGUCCCACGUCAAGUCCCUUGCUGUGGAGGGCGCAAAGGUGUUCGACCUGUGUCAAGCCGGUGAUGAGUUCUUGGAGGAGGAGGUCUCCAAGAUCUACAACUCCAAGAAGAACAAGGUUGAGAGUAAAGGUAUUGCGUUCCCAACCUCUGUCUCUCCAAACGCCAUUGCCGACCAUCUUUCCCCAAUCUCUGCUGAUGACGAAGCCGCCAACUUGACCUUGAAGAACGGCGAUGUCGUCAAGAUCCGUCUCGGUGCCCAAAUUGAUGGCUUUGCUUCCAUCGUGUCAGACACAAUUGUUGUUGGCUCGUCUAAGUCUGCUCCAGUGACUGGUAAGAAUGCUGACUUGUUGACUGCUGCCUACAAGGCCUCUGAGGCUGCUUUGAGAGUGAUCAAGCCAGGUAACAAGAACACCGACGUUACCAAGAUCGUCGACAAGGUUGCUGCUGCAUACGGAGUCAAGCCAUUGGAAGGUAUGCUCUCCCAUAACCAAGAGCGUAACGUGCUCACCGGACCAAACGAGAUCAUUAUAAAUCCUUCAGAUGACCAGAAGUCGCAGGUUUCCCCAUUCGAGUUCGAAGUUGGCCAAGUGUUCGGUCUCGACAUCUUGAUGACUGCUGGUGAAGGUAAGGUCAAGCCAUCUCAGAUCAGAACCACCAUCUACAAGUUGACCGGUAACUCGUACCAGUUGAAGCUCAGAUCUUCGCACCUGGUGUUGAACGAGAUCAAGAGAAAGGCAUCCCAAUUCCCAUUCUCCAUCAAGAACUUGGACGACCCAACAAAGGGUAAGACAGGUUUGAAAGAGAACUGCACCCACGGCACCAUGAUUGCAUACGACAUGUACCAGGACAAGGAUGGUGAAAACAUCGCCCAAGUCUACGUCACCGUCGCCAUCACCAAGAACGGUCUCGUCAAGUUCACCUCCGCUGACUUCGACCAGGAGGUGGUCAAGUCUGACGUUGAGCUGUCCGAUGAGUUGAAGCAACUCAUCUCAUCGUCUUUGAAGGUCAAGAAGGCUAAGAAGGAGAACUAAUCUACAUGUGCUAGGGCUUUAUUCGUUUGUUUGCCCUCUUCUACUUGAACUCCUCGCCGUAGUCCCUAACUGCUUAUAUAACAGAGCUUCUUCCUUUCACGCCAAUCAUUCGGUGCUUUUAGUUGAGCAUCUCACCUUGGUGAAGGAAAGCUCUUCAGCCCAGAAGCCUCCCCUGGCACUCAGUAAAAAUUUGUC